AUGGCCAAGGAAUCCAAGGGUACUAAGCGUUCUACCAUCCAUGAUGUUGUUGCUCGCGAAUAUACCAUUCACUUGCAUAAGCACGUCCACGGCAGAUCCUUCAAGAAGCGUGCUCCCCAUGCCAUCAAGGCCAUUAAGGCUUUCGCCCAAAAGACUAUGGGCACCUCCGAUGUCCGCAUUGAUCCUAGUUUGAAUAAGCAGGUCUGGGCCCGUGGUGUCAAGACUGUUCAGCACCGCAUUCGUGUCCGUUUGUCCCGCAAGCGUAACGAUGAUGAGGACGCCAAGGAGAAAUUGUAUACCUAUGUCACCUAUGUUCCCGUCACCUCUUUCAAGGGUCUUGAGACUCAGGUUGUUGACGAGUAA